CUAGACUUAUUACCGACCUGCGGCCUUUCUUCGCAACUGGGAACUGCGAGGAAGAUGAAAUGCGAAACGCGAAGAGCUGAAGAGCCAGAGGAGACCUGCGGCCACCGGCUGCGCCUCCGCCUGCCGUCCAAGUUCCUGCGUCAGCCUGUCGACUCCACCGCCCCAGCUUUCCAGGCGUAAGGCGACUAGGCAGUCCAACACUCUGUCCUCCAGCCUCCACUCUCCAGCCCUCUAGAUGCUUGGCGGUUGUUGAGUUCCCAGUUGUGCUUCGGUGACUUUAGUUCUGUACAGCCUUACUCCUUUACUUCCUUCGGUCUUCACCUCUUUCAGAAGUGUGCAGAACUGCAGGCAUCUUAGGGAGUUCUACACCAUCAAUGUCCGUUGUCUUCUCUCUAAAUGAUCAGAGGAACAACCAUAUUUUCAAAAUGUUGGACAGCUCAUUCACAUCUCUUCAUCCGCUUAUCUUCGUCUGCUACACCUUUCGAUCUCAAGAGCGGCAUUGCAUCGCUUCAAGCAUGUGCAUACCAAAGGAAUCUCAAAACUGGCAAACAACUCCAUACACUCAUGCUCGUGACUUCCCUUGUAAAAUUCUCCCCAGUCUGCAUCACCAGCCUUAUCAACAUGUACUCCAAGUGCAAUCCCAACUCCAUGUCUGAUGCCUUCUCUGUGUUCUCCGCAUCCCCUCCUCAUGCCCGCAAUGUAUUCGUUCAUAAUGCCCUUAUUGCCGGCUUCGCGUCUCAUGAUCUUCCCAAUGCAGUUCUUCAAAUAUAUUUGGAUAUGAGAGUGCUGGGACUGGUUCCUGAUAAGUUCACAUUCCCUUGCGUAAUUAAGGCAGCUUCUUAUAGUAAUAAUCUGAUAUGUAUGAAAAGUAUUCAUGGUUUAGUGUUUACGCUUGGGUUGGACUUUGAUUCGUUUGUAGGCAGUGCGUUGGUGCACUCAUAUCUGACAUUCGGCUUGACAGAGGACGCUGAGGAGGUGUUUGAUGAAUUGUCCCUUAGAAAUGAUGUUGUUCUUUGGAAUGCAAUGAUUAAUGGAUAUUCCCAAACUGGAAAUUUUGACAAGGCUAUGGAGGUGUUCACCUGGAUGAUGACGGAUGACGGUGUUUCACCAAAUAGGUUCACUAUUACAGGUGUAUUAUCAGCUCUUUCAAACAUAGAAUCAUCGGUGCAUAAAGGAAGGGAGAUGCACGGAUUCAUCACAAGAAAAGGGUACGAUGAAGGCGGUGUUGCUGUUUCGAAUGCAUUAAUAGAUAUGUAUGGGAAAUGUAAGCGAGCUAGUGAUGCUCUCGGAGUCUUUGAGAUGAUGGGUGAGAAAGAUAUAUUCUCAUGGAACUCAAUACUGUGUGUUCACGAACAAUGUGGGGAUAGUGAGGGAACCAUUCGGCUUUUCAAGCGGAUGCUUUGUGCAGCCCAAACGCCCCCCGAUUUGGUCACUGUAACCACUGUCCUCCCUGCUUGCUCUCAUUUGGCAGCUCUAAGACAUGGUAAGGAAAUUCACGCCUACAUGAUUGUCACUAUGCUAAAGAACAAUGUUGACAGUGACAAUGACUCUUUCAUUGACAAUGCUCUAUUGGACAUGUAUGCAAAGUGUGGGAACAUGAAUGAUGCUCAGAUGAUAUUCAACACGAUGAAAUUUAGAGAUGUAGCAUCAUGGAAUGUCAUGAUUAAAGGGUACGGAAUGCAUGGAGAUGGGAAGAAAGCGUUGCGCAUGUUUUCCCAUAUGUGUGAAACAGGAAUAAAGCCAGAUGAGGUCACGUUUGUGGGGGUGUUGUCCGCUUGCAGCCAUACAGGUCUUAUCAACCAAGGGAGGGACUUUCUUUUAAGUAUGCUCCCCAAACACGGCAUUGUGCCGUGCAUAGAACACUAUACCUGUGUGAUAGACAUGUUUGGUCGGGCUGGGCUGCUUGAUGCUGCCCAUGACUUGUUAUUAAUGAUGCCCGUGGAUCCCAAUCCCGUAGUAUGGAGGGCUUUUUUAGCCGCAUGUCGUCUCCACGGGAACGCUAAUCCGACGGUCAUUUCUGCCGCAUCAUCAAAGUUGUUUGAGAUUAAUCCGGAGCAUUGUGGGAGUUAUGUCAUACUAUCCAAUGUUUAUGGAGCAAAUGACCGCUAUGGAGAGGUUCUUGAAGUUAGAGAUGCCAUGAGGGUUCAAGAUGUCAGAAAAGUUCCUGGUUGCAGCUGGAUUGAACUUAGUAAUGGUGUCCAUUCGUUUUUAACUUGUGACAAAUCUCAUCCUGAAGGGGACCUUAUCUAUGAUGGGUUAAAUUCAUUGACUACCCGACUGCGUGAACAUAAUGGGUACAUGGCGGGUGAUGCAUUAGAGUGCAAUAUGUGAAAAUACUGCUCCUAUAGUUUUUGAGCCCAUGUGUUUAUCAAAUUUAAAUACUAUUAUUAUCUUCUAUGUAAUCUAUAUCUAUAUACCUAAAAGCGCUAGUGCUACAUGAUAGACAAAAAAUUAUCCCGUCCGCAACACCGAAAGAACUGAUUGGUGAAGUCUUUGGCAACUUGUGUGUGCUAACCGGCUUUGUUUCACAUGCACCCACGCACAACGAACCCAGCUUCAGGCAAAAACGAAGGUUGGAGAUAUUACUUCUGCCGUAGAGAACUGCUUCUUCCUGGAGUCUACGAAACCUCAGCCACACCAAUUCACUCUGGCUCUUCUUCGACGCAAGUGUUCUACACACAUUAGAAAGCUAUAUUCAGGCGAAAAAGAAGGUUGGAGAUAGAACUUCUGCAGUAGAGUACUGCUUCUUCCCGGAGUCCACAAAACCUCAGCCACACCUAUUCACCGUGGAUCUUCUUCGACGUAAGUGUGCUACAUAGAUUAGAAAGUCAUAAACACAUGUUUUUGUAACUUUAUUAGUGAAGAUUUGUUAUAUCUUAUGAAAAUAUUAUAUUAUAUUUGUUAGCAAGAUAGUAAUGGGCCUAAUGGCACAUGUUGAUAUUUAUGCUCAACAGUUAUGGGGUAUUUGACAAGAAACUUUCACACUAGCCCAGUUCCUAAAAAACCAUAUCAGAUUACAUAUUUUUAGGCGGAGAGAGCAUGUUUUGGACGACAAGCCUCCGUAGUUCAAUAAGCAUGGAUUGCAUUUGCACCCAAGACACUCCAAACUCCAGGUAUUGUGUAGACUUCUGAACAGUCACUUCACGUCUAUUAUAUUUUCCUCAAAAGGGCAAAUGCUCCAUGUUAGCAUAAUCAUUACUAAAUUACGUGUGCAUGCAUGCACAUGAGUAAGUGCGGUCAAACCGCCUUUGUUAUUAUCCCUUGUAAAUAAUUGAUAUUAUCUCUUUAGAAAUAGACUUAGCAAAUCUUAUCCGUAGGGUGUCCAUGUUCAAUGUACAGAGGAAUACGGAUGCCAUGCGCCUUAAUUGUUAGUCUGUUAACAUACGUAUAGACGUAUAGUAUUAUACUUGUACUCACUUAGACUUUAUUUAAAGAGCAUGAUUGAAUAAGAAUACUCACGGUGAAAUUUACCUCUCUUCUAACUUGGUAUCAGAGCCAGGUUCUCUUCUUCCAUGGCUUCUCCCACCCCCAAACAAGCUUCCUUUCAUCCCGCUCUUGCGGUCUCCAAUAUUAAAAACUUUAUACCCAUCACCCUUGAUCUUGAUACUGUUGAGUAUACCUCUUGGGCUGAGCUUUUUAAAAUUACCGCUAGAGCAUAUCAAGUCCUCGAUCAUAUUAUCCCAUCACCUAAUGAUGACGCAUCAUCAUGUGUCGUCCCGCCAUCAAUAUGCCGACAUUUUUACAAAAGGAUUGCCCAAAAUUUUAUUUGAAGAUUUCCGUUCCAGUCUAAGCAUUCGUGGACCUCCAGCUUCGAUUGCGGGGGCGUGUUAGCAUAAUCAUUACUAAAUCAUACUCAUGUGCAUGCAUGCACAUGAGUAAGUGCGGUCAAACUGCCUUUGUUAUUAUCCCUUGUAAAUAAUUGAUAUUAUCUCUUUAGAAAUAGACUUGGCAAAUCUUAUCUGUAGGGUUUCCAUGUUCAAUGUACAGAAUACGGAUGUCAUGCGCCUUAAUUGUUAGUCUGUUAACAUACGUAUAGUAUUAUACUUGUACUCACUUAGACUCUAUUUAAAGAGCAUGAUUGAAUAAGAAUACUCACGGUGAAAUUUACCUCUCUUCUAACUCCAAACUGUUUCAGAUUUUAGACUUUCCUGAAUCCUUGACUACAAAUAAUUUGGUAUUCAAGUUCUUUUCAUGAAUUUCCAUGAAAGACAAAAAAUAUUCUGGGUGAAUGGAAUUUGAUGAAAGCGAAAGUUGAUAAUGAUUUUCCGCCGUUAGAGGGGUUGAAAUUUUACGCCGCCCCUAUCAAUAUGGGGUUGGAGCGGCAGAGUAUACUUAUUUUAAGUGUUUUAACACUUGGGAUUGCAACUACGUCGGAGUAAAUAGCGUUGGCGAAUGAACGAGUUGUGGCUGGGAGUUUGUAUCAGUGCUGGAUCGUGAAGCCUUGGUCGGCCGCUUCGACGGUGGUGGAGUUGAUAUUCACCAUAUUGCAAGAGCUCGUCCUCCUCCGGAACCACCUUCAUACCAGGAAAAAUUUUGUGAAAAAAUAUUAUUUCAUUAUUAUUUUCUCUUUACUAGACCACCUUCGUCCCAUUUUUUGUGUCUCAUUUGAUUUUGGCACAAUUUUUAAUAAAGUGGUUGAAAAGGUAAAAGUUAUUGUUAAGAUUUGAGUAUAGUAAAGUGAAAUGUUGUGAAUCACAUAUUUCUUUCCAAAAAGAGAAACGUGACACUUAUUAUGGGAUAACCCAAAAAGAUAAGUAGGACAGGUAAAAUGGGAUGAAAGGAGUACUUGUUUCUGUUUUAGUCGGAGUAGAUUUGGUUUGAAUGUUUGGAUUUUUGGAGUUCUUUUGUUAGGCAGGGUUUCAGAUUCGUUCGUUUUAGGCUUAAAUUUGCCCAUUUCAGGUUUAGGGAGUUAGGUUGGUUUGUAUGAAGUGACUGACUCUAUGUCUAUUCCUAGGGUUCACGAUUGCACUCUAUGCCAGGCACUCUUUUACGAUAAAAAAAAUAAGAAUUGAGUGAAUUCAUAUUUGGUAGGAAACUAGGAACCUGAUUGAGUAGAUGAUUUUAUCAGAUCAAUUCUAUCAACUAUCUUUAGCUUUAACAUGAGUUGUUGAUAGAGUUACCAUAUUUAAAACUGAAACAAAAAAUCAUACGAACUACGGAGUAUAUAUGAAAAAAUAGGGAAUAUCUCGAUUUGAUACUUUUCAUCUCAACUUUAGCUCAUAAAAUAUCAAAAAAUACAAUAAAGUUAACGUCACCAAUCAAAUUGUACUGGACACUUUAAUACAAUCUUGGGGGUUAGAGUGAAUUUAGUUGCUUUUAUCAAUACACUACUUUUGGAUAAUAAUUUGCAGUAUAUAGAGAAAAUAUACAUGAUUCAAUGGGCUGGAUACUUUAUUAAUUUUUUGAUACAAUUUUUUUCCAGUUUGCAACCAAAAUGAAUUUGUUUUAAUUUCACAAAAAUAGUUGUCUAUGAUUUAAUAUCAAAUUAUGCGAGAUCAUAUGCUUUUAUACCCUCCCUCCCUUAGUUACUGUUACCCGCCGACCAGUGACCAAUUGGCACCCGCAGUCCGCCAGUGACCCGACGCCACCCUCCAGUGAUCAAUCAUCGCCCCAUCAGUGACCACCCUGCCACUAUACCUCUCCGGCGGCCUCCCCCAGCCUCCUUCUCCAGCCCCCUCUGUAGCUCUUCAGCCCCAGCCCCCUCCCAAGCUGCCCCAACCACCGCAACUCACCCCAAACCCCUAUCCCUGCCUGCCGCUCCCGCCACAACAACUUCCCAGCAAUAUUUGGACCACCAUCAUCAUCAACUGCCCCUUCCCCAAAGCCUGGUCCCGCCCCUGCCCGCCCUCAUUCCUAAUCAGUAGCCCCAUUGCCCCCGACCCCGCACGCAUCUCUUUCCCAUCAGUAGCUUGCCGAUUUGUAGCCACUGCUGUCACUACACCUAUAGAUUGAGGGAUGAAGAUGGAUGAAAUAAUAGCCAAGUCGAUGCUCUAGCGGGGAGAAUGGAGAAGAACAUUGGAGGGCCCGCGGAGGCAUUGCGGCGUCGAAUCAGUGCGGCAGCAGGGAAAACAUCUGCCGCUGCAACGGCGGUAUCGCGGCGGCUGCGGUACAGUGGUGGCAGAUAUGAAAUGGAAGAGUUGCGGCAGACUUGAAAUGUGUGGGUUAGGGUUUUUGUGUUGUAUUUAUGUGAGUAUUUCUUUUAUGCAUAUAUAGAUUAGUGUAUACGUUACGGUGCACAUUUUAGAAAAUUAUUGGUGUGGUUGUAUUAGUGUCAUAGUCGCAGUACUUGGGAUAGUAACCAUAGUGCUUUUGUAAUGUGUGUGUAGGAGACUUUUUGUGAGCGUUUGAUUGAAUGUGAGGUGUUUUGUUCCAUUACUAAGAUUAGCAUCUGAAAUUCAUUUACAGGCAUCACAUUUCGUAAGGUCGCUUGGCUGAUGGAUCAACACUGAAAAAAGUUGUAUAUUUUUGCGUCAAAUGUUUUGACAUGUGGUUAGUUGUACAUAAUUGUCGUCAAAUGUGUAUAGCCUUUUCUUUUUCUUUUUUUAAAUAUUAGGUGCAACCAUUACUUCUAUUACACUUUUGAGUCAGUAUGCUGUGUCUUAUAAUCUUGGCCAUAUGUGCUAUUGUGAUUCUAUUACAAGUAUUGUAGCCGUGAUGUACGGGACAAUAAUAUACUAUCCUCCGUCUCUUUUUAACCGCAACAUGUUGAAUUUUACACUAUUCACAUGUUCUACUUUGA